AUGUUUUAUCGAGGUGCUGCUCCAAAGAUUGGUUUUAGAAUCACACAAAGGCAACGUUUCCAAAGAACAAACCAAUUCCAAAGGUUUUUGGCAUCAAGCGCUAAAUCAACGAAAACAGACGCCAAAUCUCCAAGUCGAGUAUUAUUGAUUUCUGUAUUCACAACUGGUGCAAUUGUUGGUUUUUACUUUGCAGUGAGAAAAGUCCUCAAUAACCCACCAGAGUUUCUAUUCCCAAGCUCUUCCAAAACUGAACUAGCAGAUUUACCAUCUCCACAAUAUGCUAAUCUAUUGGAGUUCAAAGUAGCUAAAGAUAAAUUCUUGGAGUUAUUAGGCAAGGAGAACGUUUCUGAAACCUCAAAUGAUAUAGAGACUCAUACUAAAAACAAUUAUACCCUCCAUGAGCCCGAACCAAAUGAAAAACCACAAUUGAUCUUAUAUCCAUCUUCCACAGCUCAAGUCUCAGAGAUUAUGAAAAUUGCCCAUGAUUUUAAAAUACCAAUUGUCCCCUUCUCUGGUGGAACUUCAAUCGAGGGACAAUACAUAUCUACAAGACAACCAUGUAUAAUAGUGGAUCUAUCCAAACUAAACAAAAUAAUCAAGUUUAAUGAAAAAGACCUAGAUAUAACAGUCGGUGCUGGUGUAAGUUGGCUAGAUAUAAAUGAAUACGUGGAACCCUUUGGGUUAAUGUUUGGUCCAGAUCCUGCUCCUGGUGCUUUAAUAGGUGGGAUGAUUGGUACUUCAUGUUCAGGAACAAAUGCAAUGAGAUAUGGAACUAUGAAGGAGAAUGUUGUGAAUUUAACAGUUGUAUUAGCUGAUGGGAGUGUAAUAAAGACAAAGCAAAGAGCUAAGAAAUCUUCAAAUGGCUAUAAUUUAACAAAUUUGUUUAUUGGAUCAGAGGGAACUUUGGGUAUUGUCACUGAAGCUACUGUUAAAUUACAUAUAAAGCCUAAAUAUGAAACAGUUGCAGUUGUUAGUUUCAAUUCUAUUGUUGAUGCAACGGAUACUGUUACUGAUUUGAUUUCUCAAGGUGUUCAAUUAAACGCAGUGGAAUUGUUGGAUGAAAAAAUGAUGAGUUGCAUAAAUUAUUCAAAUCAAACUUCAAAAAAAUGGGAUGUUAAACCAACAUUAUUUUUCAAAAUUGGUAAUAAUAAUUCCAAGAUCUUAAAAGAAUUGAUUAAAGAUGUUCAAAAUAUAAGUAAAACACAUAAUUAUCACAAUUUCCAAUUUGCUAAAAAUGAAGCACAACAAGUUGAAUUAUGGAGUGCAAGAAAAUCUAUUUUUUGGUCAUCAAUAGACUAUGGAAGAUCUCAAGUUUCACCAGAUGUUAAAAUUUGGUCAACUGAUGUUGCAGUACCAAUCUCAAACCUUUCAUCAAUGAUUGAGGAAACCAUAAAAGAUACUGAACAAACAGGGUUGUACACUACAAUAGUUGGUCAUGUUGGUGAUGGGAAUUUCCAUUGUUUAGUGAUGUAUGAUGUUAAAGAUUCUGCAAAAGCUAUGGCAUUAGUGAAUAGAAUGACAGAAAGAAGUAUUAAAUAUGAAGGUACAUGUUCUGGUGAACAUGGGAUUGGUGUUUCUAAAAGAUCUCAUUUAGAAGUGGAAUUGGGCAAAGAUACCAUAGAUGUUAUGAGAAAGAUUAAACUAAGUUUGGAUCCUUUGAAAAUUAUGAAUCCUGACAAGAUUUUCAAAAUUGAUCCAUCAGACAAGAAAUGA